AUGAGCGCCCGGCGGUUUGUGAACCUGCUGGUGUCGGAUUGCCAGAAAUUCACGUCCACGCUGCGGCGCUUCGACCUGUCCCGCAACCAGCUCUUCUACCCGACACCGGAAGAAGCAGCGAAACAUGCCAAGGUGGUGCCUCCAUUGACGGGCAUGCCCAACAUGCCAGACCUAAUAAACAACCCCUCGGCGGUGGCGGUGGCCGGGGCGGGGGCGGAGGGAAAGAACAGGAAGAAGAUGAUAAAGAAGCCGGUUUACAUUCGGCUGCCGGCGGCCACGGUCACCAUGAAACCAUCGAUAUGCACGAUGACCCCGUACGAUCGAUGGGGCAGAAUGUACUGCUUCCCUCUCACCGAAACCAAGCUCUUCUUUGGCGACAGCUCCACGCGCAUCUUCCGCUUCGAUGCCGAGACCCACUGCAUCGACACCAUGCCCAGCCUCCACACGCCCAAGCGCUCACCCUUGGCCCUCUCCAUCCCUCCCAAUCCGGCCACCUCGGAGAAAGGCGAAGCUGGGGCCCUCUACAUCAUGGAUUGCAUCCUCCGUCCCGGCAGCGAGGGUCAGGUCCAGUUCGAGGCUAUCGUGUACCGCAGGCGGUUCCACUGCUCCAGCAAGGCGUGGCACUGCGACGCCCUCCCGCCGCCGCCUUUCGUCCACGACCUGCAGGUUGGUAACAAACCGGCCUCCAUCUGCUCCUACGCCAUAGUUGGUGGUCACACCAUCUGCAUCUCCGUCAGGGGCGUCGGCACCUAUUGCUUCGACACGGUGACUCGCGAGUGGAGCAAGGCUGGCGAUUGGCUCAUGCCGUUCCACGGCAAGGCAGAGCAUGACCCAGGGCUCGGCCUCUGGUUUGGCGUCUCUCACAGCAACUUCCACAUCCCGUGCGCCGCAGACAUCUCCGGCGUUGUUAGAGGGGAGGAGCCGCUGCCGGAGCACACACGAAUCUGGGCGGACACCGACGUGCCAGAGGGAUGGUACCCGCACUACCGCCCCGCCAAAGUGGUCCGCCUCGGUUCCGGCAGAUUUUGCGUCACCAACUUCUUCGAAACUAAGGACUACGAUUGCCGCUGCGGCCUCUGGUUGGUUGAUGACAUAUUGGCUGUCUUCACUGGCAUUGAGAUAGUGUUACCCAGCAACGGCAAUGGGAAUGACAACGAUGACGGUGCUUUCAAAGGCAACAACAAUGGGAACGGCAAUAAUGACAAUGGAGAAUGCAAAGGCAGUGUCAAUGGGAACGGCAACGGGUCACCUGGUGUCCGUAUGGUUAAGCAUAAAUCCAGAUUUUGUGGGACUCACGGCACCAACAUGAUCUUGUCGGUGCUCUGA